AUGGGUUACUUGGAACUAAGCAACGUCUCGGAACUACUAACAAACGAGGUGUUAGAUAAGAUCUUUAAAUUGAAGACGAAUAGCCAAGACCAUGUUGUUAAAAGCCAAGUUUCCAGAGUUGGACCCGCUGGCGAGGGUCUACUCAGCGCCGUCUAUCGUAUCUGCGUCACCGGCGAGAAGUACAGCACCAGUUAUGUAGCAAAGGGACUGGUAAACGAUCUGCUGCUCCGAAGAACUCUUAACUGCACUAUGUUUUUCCAUAGAGAGGUCAUGUUCUUCUCAAAGAUACUGCCUCUAUUCACCGAAUUCCAAAGAUCCUUGAACGCGAAGGAGAGCCUACAAAAGUAUAUCCCAUUUUGUUAUCAUUACCAUUGCGAUGGUCAAGCCGACUACCUAAUUCUCGAAGAUCUAUCAGAGAAUGGAUAUUGUCCUAUAUCUCAUUCACCGUCAGAUACGGAAAGAGAAGGGAUACUAAAAGUUAUAGCUCUUCUCCAUGCUGUAUCUAUGGCAAUGCGCUUGAAGAAUCCAGAACUAUUUUUCAAACUAGCAAAUGAAUUUCCCGAAUGUUACUUUAACGAGAGAAGGAGAGCUUGGUAUUGCAAGUGGCUCCGAAAAGCCGUGGAAGUUGAUAAAGAAGUGGUGUGCGAAUAUGAAGACAAAAUUGAUAAAGUCUAUUACGAAAAGUUUAUGAAUCUCAUCAACAGUGAUACCUUUAAACAGCAAAUGGAGAUUUCGAAUACAUGGGGUGAUCACACUGUGUUUAACCACGGUGACUGCUGGUAUGCUAACUUUCUGGGCUCCAGCCAAGGUGUCGUUGGCAUCGACUUUCAGCUCUUCAGAUUCGCAUCACCGGCUACCGAUUUAACUUUCUUUCUAAUGGGCUGUUGUGAUUCCCCUCAUAAAGAAGAUUUUACUAAAUCACUGGAUGUUUACUACUCGUAUUUCCGGCAUUUUAUGGACGAUAUGAAUAUUGAUGCACAAAAAGUGUUUCCUAGGCACACUUUAGAUGCUGAAUUAAAGAAAUAUGGAAAGUUUGGCUUCCUAUCGGCAUUGACAUCCUUACCGUUAAUAGUCAGUGAAAAAUGUGAUGUGAUGCAGUCGUUCGAAACUAAGUUUAGUGACAAAGAUAUUAUACCUUUGGAGGAUAUAUGGAUUUUGACGCCGUUCAAAACCGAGAAACAAAAAUUAAAAUUAAUUAAUGCACUGCGAGUUUCUGUAGAUUUAGGUUUUAUAUAA